GUCAACGUGUGUGAUCCGUAAGUGUCGGUGAGAAAGAGAAACACGUGGAAAUACGUAGAAACACGAUCGCCGAGCAAGAUAAUAAUAAGCUUCUGCAAAAAAUCUAACGACUAUCGUCUCAGCUGUAACGACUGUCGAGGAAUCUCUGCUCUACAAGGAAUUUUCAAAUAUAAUUGAAGAAAAUGAGCAAGUCGUCAAUUUCUGAACUCCAAGAGCUUAUGGUCAAACAUAAAAAAGCAUCCCCAAUAUAUGAUUGUAUUGAGGAUAAAAUAAUUGGAAACAAUUUACACGAAUUUACGAUAAGAGUCGCAUGUGAUAAUGUCACGGCCUGUGGAAUUGGAUCUACGAAGAAAGUGGCAAAGGAAAAUGCUGCAAAAGAAAUGUUAACAAUUCUUAAAAUCUCAUCUGGUUCAAAGGAAACAGAGGUCGAUAGUGUUGCCAAAAAUGGUGAAGAUUUUUCAGUAUUCCCUAUAGUGGAAAAUGGGAAAACUUCUAAAAGAAGAAAGUCCUCAAUUUCUGAACUUCAAGAACUUGUAAUGAAAAAUAGAAAAUCUUUGCCGUCGUAUGAUUGCAUCGAGGGUAAAAUUGUUGGAAAUUCGCCUGAAUUUACGAUAAAAGUCACGUGUGAUGAUGUCACAGCCUGUGGAAGAGGAUCGAGUAAGAAAAUUGCCAAGGAAAAUGCAGCAAUUGAAAUGCUGACACUGAUUAAAAUGAAUCCUUGUUCAAAAGAAACAGCGACAGAAAAUGUUUUACAAAAAUUGAGUGCGGCCUUGUUCACUGAUAAUGAGAUGAAAAAUUCAAAGACUUCUAAAUCACCUGAAAAAAUAUUAAAGUCAGCAAUUUCUGAACUCCAAGAACUGACGACUAAAACCUUGCAAUUGUUACCAACAUAUAAUUGUGUUGGCGCAAAAAUGCUUGGAGUUAAUUCACCCGAAUUUACGAUGACAGUCACGUGUGGCAAUCUCACAGCCUGUGGUAUUGGAUCUAGCAAAAAAGUAGCAAAAGAAAAUGCAGCAAGAGAAAUUUUGACUACUUUAAAAGCUGAUCGUGGUUCUAAAGAAACAAAGGCAAUCGAGAAUGUUGCUAAAGUCAAGGCUAAAAAAAGGCCUAAUUAUUCGCCAAUUUCUGAACUCGAAGAGCUCAUGGAAAAUCGUAAAAAGACACCACCGACAUAUGAGACAGUUGACGAUAAUGAUGAAAAAGAAAAAGAAUGUACAAAAAAAGUUACUUCUGAAAAUAGCACGCCCUCUGAGAUUGAAUUGAAUAAAAAUGAAGUGACAAAUGGGCUAGAAGAAAAGGUCAAGUCUCCUCAGAAAUUAACUGAAGAGUAAAUGUUUAGUUUUAUGGAAGUAACAAAACAAAAUAACUAAACUAGAUUUAGUUAAAGUUAAAAUUAAGUUAUAAAAAUAAAAAUUUGUAAUCUUUUUUUUAAAUAAAGAUGAAAAUAUCAAAUUGUAUUUCAGAAGAUAUUGUUCAAUAUUGUUAAAUACUCAACAAAAAAUGCAUGAUUAUGAGCGUUUUGAUCAAAUUGUGUUGCGGAAGACAUUGUUCAAUAUUGUUAAAUACUCAAUAAAAAUUGAAUGAUUCUAA